ACCCGCCUCACCCGGAAGAGAAGGCCCAAAGGAAACGACGGUAGAAAGAAAUUGUUGUGGACUAUCCACAUAAUUACUUUAGCUUUUUAGAUAAUCCAACUACCAGCUGAGGUAGUUUUUUUGCAGGAGGACUGCAGCCUCGUCGUGCUCCCGGUAGAGAUGUCGGUGGUUCCUCCCAGUCGCUCGUCUGCCGGCUGGCCGCGCGGUGGUGCCGUUCAGUUUGGGAACAAAUACAUGAGCGGGCCCGCUAAACCGCUCACUCUGGAGAGGACCAUCAACCUAUAUCCUCUUACAAACUAUACAUUUGGCACCAAGGAGCCUCUGUAUGAGAAGGACAGCUCAGUGGCCGCCCGCUUUCAGCGGAUGCGGGAAGAGUUUGAUAAGAUGGGAAUGCGGAGGACCGUGGAGGGAGUCCUAAUUGUCCAUGAACACAGGCUACCUCAUGUGUUACUUCUGCAGCUGGGCACCACUUUCUUCAAACUGCCUGGAGGGGAGUUGAGUCCUGGAGAAGAUGAGGUGGAGGGCCUGAAACGCCUGAUGACCGAGAUCCUCGGACGGCAGGACGGUGUGAAGCAGGACUGGGUGAUUGACGACUGUAUCGGCAACUGGUGGCGCCCCAACUUUGAGCCUCCACAGUAUCCAUAUAUUCCAGCUCACAUCACCAAACCUAAGGAGCAUAAGAAGCUAUUCCUGGUUCAGUUGCAGGAAAAAGCGCUGUUUGCUGUCCCCAAAAACUAUAAACUGGUGGCAGCACCGUUGUUUGAACUAUACGACAACGCUCCUGGAUAUGGACCAAUAAUUUCCAGUCUACCACAACUAUUGAGCAGGUUCAACUUCAUUUAUAACUAACUUGAAUGAACAGAAGUACAUCUGGCUGUCUCUGUGAGUGCAGCCUCGUCUGAGUGAAGAUGAGAGACAAUGUGGGGGAAAAAAUACGUCUCAUCUUCAGAUCAACUUUCACAAAACAAAAAUCUUGUCAUGUCGUGUAUAUUGACAGUUCCACAGGGGUGUUUAUACUGUUAGAAGAAAAUGAAAAUGUCAUGUGUCUUUUUUUUAAUCUUGAGAAACUGCUAGUUUUUGUAGUAUACAAGUCUGUAUUCCAGCGUGAUAAGAAUCUGGUUUUAUGUCCUCUCAAAGGAGGCCAAUGUUUGAUUAAACAAAAUACAUCAUUGAGUUUCCUGUGUUUUAAACCUGUAACAAUGCUGUGUGUUUUGUUUUUUUUCUUUUUAAUAAAGCAGUCCUUUGAGUAUGUUUUUAUAAAAUGCAAA